GCCUGACUAUUUGGGCGUUUUUUUACUUUUAAUCAGAAUACGCGAGACGUGAUUGGUCAGAUUAGCGCGAAGGCUUUGUUUAAAAAGCCUGCGAACAAGCGGGUGGCAUAAAGGUGCGCGGACGGGCAGGGGACGGACGAUUGACCAGACGACCAGCCAUGUUCGCGGGCCGGGUGCCAGCGACGGCAGGAAAAGGCACCAAGUUUUCCAUGGAAGAGCUGUACGGUUUCACCAAGAAGCCCAAGGUUACCAGAGGGCAUUGCGCGAAAGCGGACAAGGCGGGCGGCAGGAAGGACGUGAAGGAGAAAGAAGAAUCGGUGCUGGCAUCGCACAUCCUGGAGGCGGCCAAGCGAGUGAUGGAGAGACGCAGGCUGGAAAUCUACAUGCGCGAGUGUGACGUCACUAUGGAAGACAGCGGCAUGGCCUACAGGAAUCUCGGAAAAUCCGGACUCAGAGUGUCCUGCUUGGGACUGGGUGAACACACACACACACACACACACGCGCGCGCACGCACACACGCGCUCACGGACUGCUAUAUUUUUUUUCUCUUCACAGGAACGUGGGUGACCUUUGGCUCUCAGAUCUCAGAUGAGAUGGCGGAUAGUGUGAUGACCUUGGCGUACGACAACGGCAUCAACUUGUUUGACACGGCUGAAGUCUACGCCUCUGGCAGGGCCGAGACAACGUUGGGAAACAUUCUGGAGAAAAAAGGCUGGAGGAGGUCCAGUUACGUGGUGACCACAAAGAUCUACUGGGGAGGACAGGCCGAGACGGAGCGAGGGUUGUCACGGAAACACAUCAUCGAAGGGCUGCGUGGUUCUCUCGCCAGGCUGAAGCUGGACUACGUCGACAUCGUCUUUGCCAACAGGAGCGACGUGAACUCGCCCAUGGAGGAGGUGGUGCGAGCGAUGACCUUUGUGAUCGAGCAGGGCAUGGCCAUGUACUGGGGCACCUCACGCUGGAAUGUGAUGGAGAUCAUGGAAGCGUACUCCAUCGCGCGCCAGUUUAAUCUGGUUCCUCCGGUGUGCGAGCAGGCCGAGUAUCACUUCUUCCAACGAGACAAAGUGGAACUACACCUGCCUGAACUCUACCACAAAAUUGGUGUUGGGGCUAUGACGUGGUCACCUUUAGCUUGUGGAAUGCUCACAGGAAAAUACAACAACGGUGUCCCUCAAAGCUCCAGAGCUGCCAUUAAGGCUCACGCGUGGCUGAAGAAGCGUCUGAGCAGCGACGAGGGCAAACAGCAGCUGAGUAAGGUCAGAGAGAUUCACCUGCUGGCCGACAGGCUCGGCUGCACCCCCGCUCAGCUCGCCAUUGCCUGGUGUCUGCGCAGUGAAGGCGUCAGUUCGGUUCUACUGGGCGUUUCUAACACACAGCAGCUCGUGGAGAACCUCAGCUCCAUCAAGGUCCUCUCACAGCUGACUCCAUCCCUCAUUGCAGAGAUAGACACGUUGCUAGGCAACAAGCCUCGGAAGCCCAAGAAGGAAGCAAGAAGCUGACAGGCGAACAUAUGCAAAUGAGGGGGGCAAGGCGGAGACAAAGGUGGCCCGGAUGUUAAUGACAAGCACUUAAAAAAAAUCUUAUUUGACGAAUAAAAAUAUAACUUUUA